AUGCCCGCCGCAGCCGCCGCGGAGGACGCCGCGCCCGCGUCCUCAACGGACGACGACGCCUCCUCGCGUACCUACGUCUGGUACGCGUGCUUCGGCUCGAACAUCCUCCUCGAGCGGUUCGACUGCUACCUCAAGGGGGGGCGAAUCGCGGGCAUGGCCGCGGACAUGCCGGGGGCGUCCGAUCCGUCCCCGCCCGAGCGCUGGGCGACGUGGGAGUCGGUCCCGCAUCGGCUCUUCUUCGCGCACUCCUCGCCGACGUGGAACGGCGGCGGCGUCGCGUUCGUGGACGUCGACGAACUCGCGGAGGAGGGCAUGGGGACGACGUUCCGGCUGUACCGCGUCACGCUCGCGCAAUUCAACAGCGUCCUCGCGCAGGAGAACGGGUUGGACGACGAGACGUUUCGCGCCGACCCGGCGUGCAACCCUAACGAUAACCUCCCUCCCGCGUCCGAACCCUACGUCGGCCCGAAGGGCUCGAUGCGGUCGCCGUCGGAGCGGUGGUACGGGUACGUGCGGUGCGUCGGCGCGAGAGGCGGCGAGCCGGUGCUGACGUUCACGUGCCCGCCCUCCGAGCUCGCGAAGUUUCGGAGCGGGGAGAUGGAGACGAACCCGCCGUGCGAGGCGUACGAGAGCGUCAUCGCGCGAGGGUUGGCGCAGAUCGGGUGGAGCGCGGAGGACGCGGGGGCGUACUUGAAGACACGAGCGAGCGCGCCGAUGACGGCGGCGACGGGGGCGCCGUCGCGGUGA